AUGUACUCCUGCGCAAACUACCCUCGUGGCUGCCGAGGGCGUACCAAUCGAGAGGGUACCAAAUGUUCCGACUGCAGACAACUCAACCUACGUCGUCCGGGAACUGCUUCUCCAUUCGCUCAACCCCACAUUUUUAAGCGCCAGCUACCAUCAGAGCGCCUCGGCGACUCAACCCUCGGUCUCCCAGAGAAAGCCAUGUAA